GUUCAUUUAAGGUCUUCGUGAAACUUAUCAAUAUCUGCCACAGAGACGCUUAUUUGUUGGUCAGAAGUACAUUUACAUUUAUGUAGAAAAUUCAUUGAUUUUGAAGCGUACUUGGUCACGUUUUAAAAAGAUUUGAUAUUCGUACGAGUUGCGAGUAUUCAUACGCGCUCACCGGAAACGGUCUGUUACUUUUUCAAGUUGUGAAGGACGGGGAUGUCGCCCGUCUAAUCGGUAGAUCGUAGUGUAGUUUACUUUAGGAUUAUUGUAGCAGUGCAUUUUACGAAAUGGCUGAUACAGAGCAACAGGAUGGGGGACCAAGUGAAAAGGAGUCCACUAAACCCCCCAGCCCCAAGCCUGACCAAGAGGUGGCACCCCCAUUGGUAUCUGUGAAGGGAGAUGAAAAGAAGAAACCACCAGCGAAGCAAGCAGCGCAACCAAAGGUUACGCAGCAAAAGAAAAAUGUCCUCAGCAGUGAGGCCAUGAAAGAGAUGCAGAAGCGGGCAAAACAGAACCGCGAAGAAAGACAAAUGCAGUGUGAUGCAAGGCACCAGCAUAUGUUCCAACAACUGGCAAAUGCCCUGAACCUAGAAGUCAGUGCUGUGGAAGACUUUUUGUUUGGAGAUGAGAGGUUUGACAUGAUUGAGCCAUUUUUCAAGGAGAAUGGAACACGAAAACUUAUCUUCUUCUAUCAAGACGCAGGAAAUGGCCAGAAAAAACUCUUUUUAACCCCAGGAGAUGCAGAGGGUCUCCAUGGCAUUUGCUUGUACUUCUUACGAACAUCUCCAAAGGCCAUUACCCCUGCCAACAUUGCACAGGAGGUCAACUUUGGCAUGGUGGAUGCCACCGGAGGAAACGUCCUCAAUAGCAUGGAGAAAUACCUGUCCAAAAUCAUCCUGCCCGCCCUCAAGUCGCUUGAGGCCUGGGGCACCAUCUCCAUGCCCUCCUCCUCGGAGGAAAACGCAGAAAAGAAAACUGCCCCCCAAGUGGACGAGUUCCUGGAACAUUUGGAGAACUUCAUCAGCAACCUGCUGUCUGCUGUCGACAACAUGGAGGGACAGGUCACUCUGGCAGAGAACGGAAUCGGGGACGUCGUGGAUAGCUUUGCUUCUCCUCAAGAUUACCAGGCUGCAGCUGCCAACACUGAAUAUUUGGAAAAGUUUGAGAAUCUCCUGGCCACAUGGUCUAAGCAGAUUGAACAGGUAUUGGCUGAAUCGGAGCAGAUGAGGAGAGAAGCAGACGACAUUGGUCCAACAGCUGAGUUGGCUUACUGGAAGAGCAGGAUGGCCAAAUUCAACAAUUUGCUGGAACAAAUGAAGAGUCCCCGCUGUAAAGCUGUAGUUGGUGUGCUCCAAGUUGCCAAGUCAAAGUCACUCCGUAGAUGGAAGGAGUUGGAUGGUCAGAUCACAGACACAGCCAAUGAAGCCAAGGACAAUGUGAAGUACCUGUACACCUUGGACAAGUUCUUUGGUCCAUUGGUCAAAUGUACACCUGCCACAAUGGUGGAACACAUUCCAAGCCUGAUGAAUGCCAUCAGGAUGAUCUAUAGUAUUUCUCAGUAUUAUAACACCUCCGAGAGAAUGACCUCACUCUUUGUCAAGGUCACCAAUCAGAUGAUCACUACCUGCAAGGCCUACAUUAUGCAUGAUGUCAGUAAAAUCUGGGAAAUCCCAAGACCAGUGCUCCUGCAGAGAUUGAACGAGUGCAUCCAACUGAAUGAGGAGUACCAGAAACAGUUCCAGAGAACCAAGGAAAAGCUCCGAGAGAACCCGAAUGAGCGGCAGUUCGAGUUCAGUGAGAACUACAUCUUUGGUAAAUUUGACACAUUCUGCAAGCGUCUGGAGAAGAUAGCUGACAUGGUGAACACGAUGGAGAUGUUUUCUAGCCUUCACACAGUCAAGAUUGAAGGGAUCGACACCAUCGCUGUCAAGUACAAGACAAUUGUAGACGCCACCAAGAAGAAGAAUUAUAACAUCCUUGACCAUAGGAAAACAGAGUAUGAUGUAGAUUACAUUGAGUUCCGUAGUCAGAUUGAUGCCCUCAGAGCAAACAUCCAAAACUUCAUGGACUCUUGGUUUUCUAGGUCUCUAACUACUGAGAAAGCAGUGGAACUUCUGACUAAGUUUGAGAGCAUUGGAGGAGCAGAGCUGGACAUGAAUGAGAAGUACAUGCGGGUCCUGAUGAAUUAUGGGAAGGAUCUGGAGGCCAUCAGAAAGGCGUACCAGAAGUACAAGGCUGAGCCCCUGAUUCCCAGGAACUUGCCCCCAGUGGCCGGCCGAAUCGCCUGGUCAAGACAGUUAUACAGGAAGAUUGAACACCCAAUGAAAGUAUUCAAGACCAAGCCCGAGAUUCUGAAGCAUCCAGAGGCAAAGAAAAUUGUGAGGAAUUACAACAAAAUGGCUGGAGUUUUGUUAGAGUAUGAGAUGCUGUAUCACAGAGGCUGGUGCAGGGCUGUGGAGGCCGCUAAGGGGGGACUCAAUGCCUCCCUGCUGGUCCGCCACCCAGAGACCAACCAGUUGUACGUUAACUUUGACCCCCAAGUGUUGGAGUUGAUCCAGGAGUCUAAGUGUCUCCAGGCUCUGAAACUAGAGGUUCCAGAAAUGGCCAAGGCCCUGAUUGUCAAGGAAGAAGAAAUCAAGAGCAAUUCAGUCUCUCUGAGGGAAAUGUUGCUGGAAUACAAGAGGAUUAGGGAUGAGAUCCCAGCCGUGUUACAGCCUCCAAUGAAGCCUUUCUGUGACCGAGUAGAGGAGGCACUUCUUCCAGGAGUUACUGCCCUUACAUGGACAGCUCUCAAUGUGGAAGCCUACAUAGAAAACACAUACAAGGUGAUGGGCGAGCUGGAUAAACUCUCCAAGACAGUCAAGGACAUUCUGGACUGUCGCAUUGAGGCAGUGCUACAGGACAUGUCUGUCACCGCCCUGUGUGACCUCCCGGAGGACGAGCCCGUUACCAUGGACAAGUUCCUGGAGCUGACCGCCAGCGCUGUAGACAGCGCCUCCAAACAACUCGCCAAUCAAAGCCAGCUGGUAGAAAAGGCUGUGUAUGAGCUAGUAGACACAAUGAAAGGAAACUUGAAUGCCAAAGAGAAAGCAGCCCUGGCUGAGGGUGAAGGAACAUCUGAGACAGACUGCUAUUACGCCCUGCUGAAUUACUUCACCCAGAGAAACACAGAGGCCCUGGUCAAAUGCACCCGUCUGUCGCUGGACGCCAUCAAGAGGAGACUCCAGAUCUUCAACAAGUACAGCAAGGAUGCUGACAAAAUGGACUCCAAGCCCCCGCUGUUCCGGGCCGACAUUGUGCUUGCCAUUCCUAACGUGGUCCUGAAGCCCAGCCUGGAUGAUCUUCAGUCCGCCCUCAACAAGGCGGUGCAGCUGAUACUGAAGACUUCCCAGGACAUUCCCCAGUGGGAACACCUUAUCUACCACCAGAAACAGCAGCAAAAGAUACCUGAGAGGUCCUCACGAGGUGAAGGAAAGGAAAUGGAGCAGUUGGCAGCUGACCAAGGAGAGGAGGCCAAGAUGAUGCCCAACUCCAUGAUCAAGCCACUGCACAAAAUCAUCGCCGAGCACAAAGAUGUGACCAAGAUCGUGAUCCAGCUCAACUCUAUCAUCACUCAGAACAAGAUGGAGGCCCAAGAAGUGCUCGACAUCUUCACCAAGGAUAGCCACCUCUGGGAUAAGGAACCAGAAGCCACCGUCAAAGAAUUCAUGACAACCAACCCUAUACUUACUGAGAUUGAAGCCCAGAUCAGAUAUUACCAGAAACUCGAGACGGAGAAGGAAGAGAUGCAACCCAGUUACCGAGUAGGAGCCACCUUGUUGAGCACGGAACCACUCAAACUGGCCUUGAUCACCGAGGCCAAGAACUGGAAGAUGGCCUACGCCAAGGCCCUGAAUGAAAAGUGUGCCCAUGAGAUGGACGAGAUCUUGGACUUCAUCGAAAAUCUCACCAAGCGACUGUCUCGACCCGUCAAGGACUUGGACGAUGUCCGCGCCCACAUGGCGGCGUUGGCCGAGAUUCGGGAGGCAGAGAUCCGCAUCGACAUGACGAUCACUCCCAUGGAAGAGAGCUACGCCAUGCUGAACAAGUACAACAUUUUCUUUAAUGAUGGCAAUGCUGAGAGAGUGGACACCCUGUCCUACGGCUGGAAGAAGCUGAUCGCUCAGUCACAGCAAGUCCAGAACCAUCUGCUGAAGAUUCAGCCCGAAUUCAAGUCUGACCUUUUGGCUGGAGUGGAACAGUUCAAGAAAGACAAUGAUGUCUUUGUUGGGGACUACGACUCUAAGGGUCCCAUGGAAGACGGCAUUCAUCCACGAGAAGCAUCAGAUAGACUGAACAUUUACCAGGCCCGAUUCGACGAGUUAUGGAGGAAGUACACCACAUACUCUGGGGGUGAGGAGCUGUUUGGUCUGACUGUCACCCAGUACCCAGAACUACAGAAAAUCAGGAAAGAACUGAACCUUCUACAGAAACUCUAUCAGCUCUACAACAUCGUCCUAGAAAAUGUCAACGGAUAUCAGGAUAUCCCAUGGGUUGAGAUAGAUAUCGAGAAGAUCAACAAUGAGCUGCUUGAUUUUGGCAACAAAUGCCGUAAGCUUCCCAAAGCUUUGAAGGAAUGGCAGGCCUAUGAGGAGCUGAAGAAGACCAUUGAUGACUUCAACGAGACCUGUCCUCUUCUGGAGAUGAUGGCCAACAAAGCCAUGAUGCCUCGCCACUGGGAACGCAUCGCUCAGAUCACUGGACACACAUUUGAUGUGGAAGCUGACAACUUCCUGCUCAGAAACCUGAUUGAGGCUCCCCUGUUACAGUAUAAAGAGGACAUUGAGGAUGUGUGUAUCUCGGCCGUGAAAGAGAAGGACAUUGAAGCCAAGCUGAAGCAAGUGGUCAAUGAUUGGAGUGCCCAGGACUUCCAGUUCUCUAGCUUCAAGACCAGGGGUGAGCUCCUCCUGAAAGGUGACACCACCUCCGAGACGGUGGCACUGAUGGAAGACAGCUUGAUGGUGCUGGGAUCCCUCCUCAGCAACAGAUACAAUGCUCCAUUCAAGCCCAAAAUCCAGGAGUGGGUCCAGAAACUGACCGGCACGACUGAGAUCAUUGAGAACUGGCUGGUGGUGCAGAACUUGUGGAUCUACCUGGAGGCUGUAUUUGUGGGCGGUGACAUUGCCAAACAGCUGCCUCAGGAAGCCAAGCGCUUCAGCAACAUUGACAAGUCCUGGAUGAAGAUCAUGCAGAGGGCCCACGAGAUUCCUAAUGUGGUGCAGUGCUGCGUGGGAGACGACACUUUGAGUCAGCUCCUGCCUCAUCUUCUGGAACAGCUGGAGAUCUGUCAGAAGUCGUUGACUGGAUACCUGGAGAAGAAGCGUCUGGUCUUCCCCCGAUUCUUCUUCGUGUCUGACCCUGCCCUGCUGGAGAUUCUGGGUCAGGCCAGCGACUCUCACACCAUCCAAGCCCACUUGUUGAGCGUGUUUGACAACACCAAGACUGUGAGCUUCGACGAGAAGGUGUACGACAAGAUUCUUGCUCUCAACUCCCAGGAAGGAGAAAACGUCCCUCUGGAGGAACCAGUCAUGGCUCAGGGUAACGUGGAGAUCUGGCUGGGAGACCUGCUCCGUAUUUCCAGGAAGUCUCUCCACAGUAUCACCAGAUCCGCAGCCAUUAGCAUCGGAGAUCCCAGCUUCAAACUCAUUGAGUUCGAGAACAUGUUCCCAUCCCAGAUCGGUUUGUUGGGUCUCCAGAUGUUGUGGACCCGAGAUUCCGAGGAGGCUCUGAACAAUGCUAGAGUGGACAAGAAAGUUAUGCAGAACACCAAUCAGAAGUUCCUGGACAUUCUGAACGAGCUCAUUGCCAUGACAACCACUGAGCUCACCAAAAUUGAGAGAACUAAAUACGAGACCCUCAUUACAGUGCAUGUCCAUCAGAAAGACAUCUUUGAUGACUUGGUGAAGAUGCACAUUCGGUCGCCCAACGACUUUGAGUGGCUGAAGCAGUCCCGCUUCUACUUCAAGGAGGACACGGACCAGUGUCUGGUCUCCAUCACAGAUGUAGACUUUACCUACAUGAACGAGUUCCUGGGCUGUACCGACCGUCUGGUCAUCACCCCCCUCACUGACAGAUGUUACAUCACCCUGGCUCAGGCCCUGGGUAUGUCCCUGGGAGGUGCCCCAGCUGGUCCCGCUGGUACAGGAAAGACAGAGACCACCAAAGACAUGGGUCGCUGUCUGGGUAAAUACGUGGUGGUCUUCAACUGCUCCGAUCAGAUGGACUACAGAGGACUGGGGCGUAUCUACAAAGGAUUGGCCCAGUCAGGAUCAUGGGGUUGCUUUGACGAGUUCAACAGAAUUGAGUUGCCUGUGUUGUCCGUGGCUGCCCAGCAGAUUGCCAUUGUAUUGCUCUGUAAGAAGGAGAGGAAGUCGCAGUUCAUCUUCACCGACGGAGACAAUGUAGACAUGGACCCAGAGUUUGGCAUCUUCUUAACAAUGAAUCCAGGUUACGCAGGACGUCAGGAGCUGCCUGAGAAUUUGAAGAUCAACUUCCGUACAGUGGCCAUGAUGGUCCCUGACAGAGCCAUCAUCAUCCGCGUCAAGCUUGCCAGUUGUGGUUUCAUGCAGAACAUCAUUCUGGCCAAGAAAUUCUUCACCCUCUACAAACUGUGUGAGGAACAGCUGUCUAAGCAGGUCCACUACGAUUUCGGUCUGCGUAACAUUCUGUCUGUCUUACGUACUUUGGGAGCAUUCAAGCGAGCGAAUCCAGAGGACGCAGAAACUGUGAUCGUGAUGAGAGUGUUGCGUGACAUGAACUUAUCUAAGCUGGUGGAUGAGGACGAACCUCUGUUCAUGUCUCUCAUCGAUGACUUGUUCCCGGGAAUUACCCUUGACAAAGCAGGAUACCCAGAAAUUGAGGCAGCCAUUGAGAAAAAUGUGCUGGAAGCGGGAUUGAUUUUCCACGCCCCUUGGAUACUGAAACUGAUCCAGCUGUUCGAGACUCAGCGUGUCCGUCACGGCAUGAUGACCCUCGGACCCACUGGAGCCGGAAAGACCAAGUGUAUCCACAUGCUGAUGAAGGCUAUGACAGACUGUGGAGAGCCCCACAAGGAACUGAGGAUGAACCCCAAGGCCAUCAGCGCCCCCCAGAUGUUUGGUCGACUAGACGUAGCCACCAAUGACUGGACCGACGGAAUCUUCUCCACUCUGUGGAGAAGGACCCACAAAACUAAGAAGGGUGAGCAUGUGUGGUUGCUGUUGGACGGCCCUGUAGAUGCCAUCUGGAUUGAGAACUUGAACUCUGUGCUGGACGACAAUAAAACCCUGACCCUGGCUAACGGAGACCGUAUCCCCAUGGCUCCAAACUGCAAGAUCAUCUUUGAGGUACACAACAUCGACAACGCCUCCCCCGCUACUGUGUCCAGGAACGGCAUGGUGUUCAUGUCCAGCUCCAUCCUCGACUGGGAGCCCAUCCUUAAAGGAUGGUUGAACACUCGGCCAGCCAACCAACAAGACACAAUCAUGCAGACUUGUGAAUCCAUCUUCCCCAAGCUCUACCUGCAGGUCAUUCAGAAAUACGAACCCAAGAUGCAAAUUCUGGAGUGUAUGUACAUCCGCCAGCUUUGUGACUUGUUAGAGGGCCUGAUUCCCUCAGGGGAGGAGGCUAAAGACAUUAAAGUACCCCAUCUUCAGAGAAUCAUCAUCUUUGCCCACAUGUGGGCCCUGGGAGCUCUGCUGGAGCUGGAAGACAGGAAGAAGAUGGAGGACUGGAUGAAAGAGAAUGUCAGCAACCUGCCCCUUCCUCCAGCGUCCGGGGAUGACACCAUCUUUGAGUACAUGGUCGGAGAGACCGGAGAUUGGGAGCACUGGUCAGGACUGGUGCCCGAGUAUGUCUACCCCUCAGACUCUAUCCCCGAGUACACCGGAAUCCUGGUCCCCAACGUGGACAAUGUCAGGACGGACUACCUCAUCGGAACCAUUUCCAAACAGGGCAAGGCUGUUCUGCUGAUUGGUGAACAGGGUACAGCAAAAACUGUGAUGGUGCAGGGAUACUGUGGUAAAUUUGACCCAGAGCUACACAUGUUUAAGAGCUUCAACUUCUCCAGUGCUAGUACCCCUUACAUGUUCCAGAGAACCAUUGAGAGCUAUGUGGACAAGAGGAUGGGUACCACCUACGGACCACCGGCGGGGAAGAAGAUGACCGUGUUUGUUGAUGACAUUAACAUGCCCAUCAUCAACGAGUGGGGAGAUCAGGUGACCAAUGAGAUCACUCGACAGAUGAUGGAGGCCAGGGGUUUCUACAACCUGGAGAAGCCUGGAGAGUUCACCAACAUCGUGGACAUUCAGAUGAUCGCAGCCAUGAUUCACCCCGGUGGAGGCCGUAAUGACAUCCCUUCCCGUCUGAAGAGGCAUUUCAACAUCUUCAACUGCACCCUGCCCUCAAACAGCUCCAUUGACAAGAUCUUCAAAACCAUCGGCAAUGGAUAUUUCAUUACAGGGAGAGAAUUCCCGCAGGAGGUUUGUGAACUGGUUAACUCCCUUGUGCCUGCCACAAGAAAGGUGUGGCAACGGGUCAAGGUCAAGAUGUUGCCCACCCCCGCCAAGUUCCACUAUGUCUUCAACUUGCGUGACUUGAGCCGAAUCUGGCAAGGAAUGUUGAACACUACCCCUGAUAUUAUCAACAAUGCUGGCAAAAUGAUGUCGCUAUGGAAACACGAGUGCUUCCGUACCAUCGUGGACAGAUUCGUAGACAUUUCUGACAAGGACUGGUUUGAGAAGACGAUUAAACAGGUGGCGGAGGAAGAAUGUGGUUCGGCCGCUGUGGCUGAAAUGGAGGCUGAGCCUUACUUUGUAGACUUCCUGCGUGAGGCCCCUGAACCUACAGGUGAGGAGGCAGAUGAUGCUGAUCUGGAGGCCCCCAAGAUUUACGAGCCUAUCCCCUCACUCGACUUCCUGGCCGAGCGUCUGAAGUCCUACCAAGAACUGUACAAUGAAAGCAUCAGAGGAGCCAAAAUGGAUCUCGUGUUUUUCAAGGACGCCAUGACCAAUCUGGUGAAGAUCUCACGAGUGAUCCGUACCCCACGAGGCCACGCCCUCUUAGUGGGUGUGGGAGGGUCCGGUAAACAAAGCUUGACCAGACUGGCAUCCUUCAUUGCUGGCUACAAAAACUUCCAGAUCACCUUAUCCAGGUCGUACAACGUGAGCAACUUGCUGGAGGAUUUGAAGUUCCUGUACCGCACUGCUGGCCAGCAGGGCAAGGGAAUCACCUUCAUCUUCACAGACAACGAAAUCAAGGACGAAGGCUUCCUGGAGUACAUGAACAACAUUCUGUCCUCUGGAGAGGUCUCUGGUCUGUUUGCCAGAGAUGAGAUGGAUGAGAUCUUGCAAGAACUGAUCGGAGAAAUGAAGAAGGAUUUCCCCCGCCGUCCUCCCACUAAUGAAAACCUGUAUGACUAUUACUUGUCUAGGUGUCGACAGAAUCUUCACGUGGCUCUCUGCUUCUCACCUGUUGGAGAAAAGUUCCGCAGCAGAUCGCUGAAGUUCCCGGGGCUGAUUUCUGGCUGUACCAUGAACUGGUUCCAGCGCUGGCCCAAGGAUGCCCUGAUUGCCGUCUCCAACCAUUUCCUGGCAGAAUUUGACAUUUCCUGCACCCCAGCUGUCAAAACCGCUGUCCAGGGGACCAUGGGUCUGUUCCAGGAUCUUGUGGCAGAGAUGUGCAUUGAGUAUUUCCAGAGGUUCCGUCGUCAGACGUAUGUCACCCCCAAGUCCUAUCUGUCCUUCAUCGCUGGCUACAAGACCAUCUACAGCGAAAAGAAAGGCGAGAUUGGAAUUCUGGCCGAGAGAAUGAAUACUGGUCUGAAGAAACUAGUGGAGGCCACAGAGUCUGUGAACGAACUGUCCAAAGAACUGGCUGUGAAGGAGAAGGAGUUAGCCGUGGCCUCCAAGAAGGCCGACCAGGUGUUGGCUGAGGUGACCGUCAGUGCCCAGGCCGCUGAGAAAGUGAAGGCCAACGUACAGGUGGUGAAGGACAAGGCCCAGAACAUCGUAGACACCAUCUCCGUGGACAAGGCAGCCGCUGAGGAGAAACUGGAGGCAGCAAGGCCGGCCUUGGAGGAGGCCGAGGCUGCGCUCCAGACCAUCAAGCCCGCCCACAUCUCCACGGUCAGGAAGCUGGGGAAACCCCCCCACCUGAUCAUGAGGAUCAUGGACUGUGUGCUGUUGCUGUUCCAGAAACGUCUGGAGUCAGUGCAACAGGACCCAGAGAGACCUUGUGUCAAGCCGUCAUGGUCAGAUGCCUUGAAACUUAUGAGCAGCAGUGGCUUCUUGAACGGUCUCAUGACAUUUAACAAGGACACAAUUAAUGAAGAGACAGUGGAGCUGUUACAGCCUUACCUGAUGAUGGAGGACUACACACUAGAGACCGCCCAGAAAGUCUGUGGUGACGUAGCCGGUCUCUGCUCCUGGACCAAAGCCAUGGCCUUCUUCUACGGCAUCAACAAAGAAGUCCUGCCUUUGAAGGCAAACUUGGCAGUGCAGGAGGCCCGUCUACAGUCAGCCAUGAGGGACCUAAACGAAGCUCAGGCUCAGCUUGACGAUAAGAACAAGGAGCUGGCAGCUGUAAUGGCCAUGUAUGACGCGGCCAUGAAAGAGAAACAGGCAUUAGUGGAUGAUGCUGAGGCCUGCAGGAGAAAGAUGAACAAUGCGACCGCCCUGAUUCAGGGUCUGUCUGGGGAGAGAAUCCGAUGGACUGAGGCCAGUAAGGGGUUCCAGGCCCAGAUCCACCGACUGGUGGGCGACGUCCUACUCUGUACAGGCUUCCUGUCUUACACCGGCCCCUUCAACCAGGAGUUCCGUAACCUCAUUUUGAAGAACUGGAAGAAAGAGAUGAUUGCCCAGAAAAUCCCCUUCAGUGAUGACCUGAAUAUCGUGUCUAUGUUGGUGGAUAAUGCCACUAUCUCUGAGUGGAAUCUGGAAGGUCUGCCCAAUGAUGAGCUGUCAAUUCAGAACGGCUUGAUCGUGACCAAAGCCUCACGCUUCCCCCUGCUGAUCGAUCCACAGGGCCAGGGCAAAUCUUGGAUCAAGAAGAGAGAGAGCAAGAACGAACUGCAGGUUACCGCCCUCAACCACAAGUACUUCCGAGCCCACCUUGAGGACAGCCUGUCCCUGGGGCGACCCCUCAUUAUUGAGGACGUGGGUGAGGAGCUAGACCCCGCCUUGGACAACGUGCUGGAAAAGAACUUUAUCAAGUCAGGUUCCACCUUCAAGGUGAAAGUGGGAGACAAGGAGGUUGAUGUGAUGAACGGAUUCCGUCUGUACAUCACCACAAAGCUGGGUAACCCCACCUACACCCCAGAAGUGUCCGCCCGCACCUCCAUCGUAGAUUUCACUGUCACAAUGAAAGGUCUGGAGGACCAACUGCUAGGUGUUGUCAUCUUGACAGAGAAACAGGAAUUGGAGCAGGAGAGAGUGUCUUUGAUGGAAGAGGUAACAGCCAACAAGAGGAAGAUGCAGGAGCUGGAAGACAACCUUCUGUACAGGCUGACCUCCACUCAGGGCUCACUGGUGGAAGAUGAGUCCCUGAUCCAAGUACUGCAGGUCACCAAGGCCACAGCAGAAGAUGUCAGCGAGAAACUCAAGGUGGCUGCUGAGACCGAGAUCAAAAUCAACUCGGCUCGUGAGGAGUUCAGACCUGUAUCCAACAGAGGCAGUAUCCUGUACUUUGUGAUUGUGGAGAUGAGCAUGGUCAACUGUAUGUACCAGACCUCCCUGAAGCAGUUCUUGGAGCUGUUCGACCUGUCCAUGCACAACUCCCAGAAGUCCCCCAUCACCAGCAAGCGUAUUAACAACAUCAUUGAGUACCUGACGUUUGAGGUGUUCCGCUACACCGCCCGGGGCCUGUAUGAGGUGGACAAGUUCCUGUACACCACCCUCCUGACCUGUAAGGUGGAGCUGAACCAGGGCAAGAUCCGGAUGGAGGAGUUCCAGACGUUCAUCAAGGGAGGUGCCGCCCUGGAUCUGAAUGCCGUGGAGCCCAAACCCAAGAAGUGGAUCUCGGACAUCACCUGGCUCAACUUGGUGGAGCUGAGCAAGCUGGGACAGUUCAGCCAGAUCUGUGGUCAAGUGGCCAGGAAUGACAAGGCCUGGAAAGCAUGGUUUGAUGAAGAUGCCCCAGAGGAAUGUACCAUUCCUGACGGCUACUCCACUACUCUAGAGACAUUCCGGAAACUGCUCCUUAUCAGAUCUUGGUGCCCAGACAGAACAAUUCCAAUGGCAAAGACGUACAUUGCAGAGGCAAUGGGACCCAGGUUUGCGGAAAGCGUCAUCCUAAACUUGGAGGAAAUGUGGAAGGAAUCCAACAUCCGCACUCCCAUGGUGUGUUUCCUGUCCAUGGGUUCUGACCCGACAGAGAACAUCAUGGCCCUGGCCAAGAAAAAGAACAUCAAGUGUGGCUACAUCUCCAUGGGACAAGGGCAGGAGGUUCACGCCCGCCGUCUUAUCUCCUCCUCCAUGCAGGACGGCUCCUGGGUGCUCCUCCAGAACUGCCAUCUUGGACUUGACUUCAUGGAUGAAUGCUUGGAUUCUGUUACGUCAGCAGAGAAUGUGAACGAUGCCUUCAGACUAUGGAUGACCACUGAGGAACACAAGAAGUUCCCCAUCAAUCUCCUGCAGAGCUCCAUCAAGUUCACCAAUGAACCUCCACAAGGUGUCAAAGCUGGACUCAAGAGGACAUAUGCCCUCAUCACACAGGAACAACUGGAGUACACCAACCUGCCGCAGUGGAAGCCCAUGCUGUACGGGGUGGCCUUCCUCCAUACCACCGUCCAGGAGAGGAGGAAGUUCGGACCCAUCGGAUGGAACAUCCCCUACGAGUUCAACCAGGCUGACUUUACUUCCACUGUCCAAUUUAUUCAGAACCAUCUGGAUGACAUAGACCCCAAGAAGGGUGUUUCUUGGAACACAGUCAGAUACAUGGCAGGUGAGGUACAGUAUGGAGGACGUGUCACAGACGAUUAUGACAAGCGACUUUUGAACACGUACUGUAAGGUGUGGUUCAGUGAGGCCAUGUUCUCGGACAGCUUCCAGUUCUACACCGGCUACAAGAUCCCGCGCUGUAAGAAUCUGGACGAGUACCGGGCCUACAUCGAGACCUUGCCCCUCAGAGACUCACCAGAGUGCUUCGGUCUUCACUCCAAUGCAGACAUUACGUACCAGACCAAUACAUCCAACACCAUGCUCUCCAACAUUGUGGACAUUCAGCCAAAAGACGCCGGCGGUGGUGGCGGUGAGACCAGAGAAGCUGUGGUGUACAGACUGGCCGACGACAUGCUGGAGAAGCUGCCACAGGACUAUGUACCACACGAGGUCAAAGACAGGCUGAGAAAGAUGGGCAUGCUGCAGCCCAUCAACAUCUUCCUCCGCCAGGAGAUCGACAGAAUGCAGAGGGUCAUCACCCUAGUGCGCACCACCCUGUCCGACCUCAAACUGGCCAUCGACGGAACCAUCAUCAUGAGUGAGAACCUCCGUGACGCGCUGGACAACAUGUUCGACGCCCGUAUCCCCACCAUUUGGAAGAAGAUCUCCUGGGAGUCGGCCACCCUCGGGUUCUGGUUCACCGACCUCUUGGACAGAAACCAGCAGUUCUCCACCUGGCUGUUUGAUGGACGACCCACUUCUUUCUGGAUGACCGGAUUCUUCAACCCUCAGGGUUUCCUGACUGCCAUGAGACAGGAGAUUACCCGCGCCCACAAGGGCUGGGCUUUGGACGCCGUGGUACUGGACAACGAGAUCACCAGGAUGAUGAAGGAGGACAUUCACACCCCGCCCAACGAAGGUGUGUACAUCUACGGCCUGUUCCUGGAUGGGGCCGGCUGGGACCGCAGGAACUGUCGCCUGGUAGAGCCCACCCCCAAGGUCCUGUACACUCCCCUCCCGGUCGCCCACGUUUUUGCCACCAACGUGGACAAGCCCAGCAAGGCCACAAACCUGUAUGAGUGUCCCGUCUACAAGAAACCUCGUCGUACCGACUUGACCUACAUCUUCCCGCUGCUUCUAAAGACCAACAAGAACCCCGACCACUGGAUCCUGCGUGGUGUCGCUCUGUUGUGCGACAUCAAAUAAACUUGCAAUCCAACUUCAAAAUAUUGUUAAUACGUGAACUUUAAAAAAAAAAAUUUUCUUUUUCACUACAGUGUGGAUUUUUUUUCUUUUUUGCCAUUUCUGAUUGACUUCCCCUGAUAAAAUGUGUGAUACAUAUAUAAUAUAUUUACCGGUAUCUGCUAAACCUGGACUAUAUGAUAUAUAUUAUAUUUGAAAGAAAAUUCGAUGAACACUGUCUGCAAGACAUUGUUGAGAGACUUUGUUUUUCUUUAAAUAUUAUUAAAUAUUUUAGCCAUCCGUCCAGUAAUAUUCCUAACCAGAGCAGUAUUUUUGUACGAUUAUUUCUGGGUGUGUUCUUUUUUUAAAUAUUUUCCCUUUAUGAUAUACAUGAAUUAUCGAACUUAACACGGAUUUGUCUUCUGACCAUUAUUUAUAUUUUAUUUAAUUUAUUAAUUUACUCCAUUUGUUGUUAUACAUGCACCAAGAAAUGUUGUUUUGUUACAUGUUUACAUUUAUAUAAAGAAAAGCUGAAUUUUGUGUUGAUUUGAAACAAUAAAAUAUAACUCAUUA